AUGCCUUCUUCCAUGGCCUGCACACGCCUGGCGGCAUGGACGGUUGCCGCCGUUCUGCUCCAGAUCCUUGGCCUCUAUCUCUUCAUGUUCGCUUUCUUCCCUGUGAGGCCGGCCCUUUCGGGUCUAAGGUUAGAAGACUUUGCCCUGUUUCAGUUUUUUUUCUUCUUUUAAUUGUUUCUUUCGUCCCGAUCCCAUGUUGGUUCUGAAUUGAUCUUUUUUGGUGAGUUUCGCAAUGCGCAGCGGCCCUGAGAGUUUUUUAAUGCCGACUUGUGGCUCUGCCGAUAUCCCUGAGAGGUGGAACCUUCCUCCACAUGAGCUCAGAGCUAUGUAUAAGGUGAGCGUUCUCAAUUCUCUCUUUUCCAUUGUUCUCGCCUUUCGUUUUGGGUGAGAUGAAGUGAGUGUCGGACUAGAAAAAAUGUGAAACCGUGCCUUCUCCAUUGACAUAUCUUAACCUUCUCCUCAUACUAGUACUCUACUUUCUUUUUUCAAACUUUUUAAGCUUUUUUCUGUUGCUUUUCUAGUCAUACGUUUUAUGUUCUUCUUUUAUUCUUGACAUAUCCAAUAGAUAGAUCAUCGAUGAUUUUUCUUGAAAGUACUUGUAAAGUCUUUAUCAAUUUAGCAUGGAAUGCCACUAACACAGAAACUUCGGCUGACAAAAAGGUAUCAAUAUGUGAGAAGAUUCAAAUCAAUACUUGGAAUUUUCCUUCCCUUCCCAUGUGACCUGUUGGACAAUCAUCUAUCUUACAAAUAAUGGUAAUUAUUCCCUUUGAAAAGAAAUAGUCACACUCUUCGCUUCCUUAUUCCACUCAAAUCGAAGCAGAUUUGGUUCAGGUAAUCACGCUUUUCAAUUGCAUGUAAAUAUCUGGGCCAUUGGGAGUCUUGAUCUAUAUCAUUACGUAUGAUCUUAGUAGAAAAUUAUUGUUGUGAUUUAAACAUUUCGUGCCUCCUCAAAUCUAAAGAAAUAAAAAAACAUAAUUUUCUGUCGAUGAGACAGGCUAGUAAUCUUAGAACUAUUUAAUUUAAAUCUGACCUGCCUGAUGAGGUCUUAACUUUUCUCCAUACACUUGUUGUCUCUAUCUGCUCUUAUAUUCUCAUAGUUUAGGUGAAAAAUUCUAAUUUCGGUCUGGUAAUAGUGGAAAGUUUCUGGGUUGGCUUAGGCUCACAAGAAAUUAUUUUCAUUCAAUUCCCUUCUUGGUUUCAUUUUCAUUUCGUUGCCUAUUACUAUAUGUUUGCAACUUUCUCUUUGUUUUUUGAUUUCUUUGUUAUGCAUCAUCUUACAAUCCUGAUAUAGGAUUCUUGUCUUUUCUUCAUUCAUAUACUUCAUAUUUUAAUUUCUUCAAAAUACUUUGUGGUGAUUUAAUCAAGCAUUUUAAUGUUAUUUCUCGUAGAUUAUGAUUCUUGAAGCAUCUCUCUUUUGUGCAGGGAAUGUCACGACUACCUCCUUUUUUUGAUCGAUUGAUAUUGAUGGUAUGUUUUUUCUCCUUGGAAAAUACAAUUUGGAAGCGCUUAUAUUUUGUUGAAUCCUGUAAAAGAUAAAUUUGUUUAGUUUCUGAACACUCUUGCCAGGUUGUGGAUGGACUACCUGCUGAGUUCAUUCUUGGUAAGGGUGAGACAACUGCCACUAAAAUCAUGGCUGAUGCCAUGCCAUACACUCAUUCUUUGCUGUCAAGUGGUAAAGCACUUGGAUACCAUGCACUUGCUGCCACUCCCACUGUUACCAUGCCUCGACUAAAGGUGGAGUUUAUCUGUCUCCCAAGCACUCAUUUCUUUGGUUGCUUUCAAAUUAUGAACAUUCAGCCUUGUAUAGCAUUGCAGGCAAUUGUUUCUGGUAUAGUUGGAGGCUUUUUGGAUGUGGCCUUCAAUUUUAAUACCCAAGAAAUGUUAGAUGACAACUUGGUCGGUAAGUUGGGAAAAAUAGCUGUCCUGAGAUGUUGAUGAUGGAGUUAGACUUCUUCGGUCUCUUCUUAAGUUAUCAUCAUUCUGCAGAUCAAUUUUAUCAUUGUGGGCAGAAAAUGGUGAUGCUUGGUGAUGAGACAUGGAUUAGAUUGUUUCCUGGACGGUUUAUUAGGCAAGAUGGAGUAAGCAGUUUUUAUGUAAGUAAUCUGAGAAGUCGAGUUCUCAUAGUAUUUUAUUUUUCUUUAUAAUUCAUCUAUAUUUAUUCUCUUUUGGUUUGAUAAGACAAUUUUUGACAUGUUAUUUUCUAAUUGGUCAUGUUUAGGUGGUAGCAAAAAUACUGUGGUGUAAGCCUUUAUUUGGGGAUGUGAUUCACUCUUGAUAACCCAAAGUCACUUUUAGCUAUGUGUUUGGAAUGAACUGGCCGUUUCAAGUCGUUUCAGCAGUAUCGUUAAUUGAAUCUUGAACACAUGAGAACUAUUUCCUUAAUUGGAUAGUGUAAGUGUUUGAUCCUCAAAAUAAGUUAAUUCAGAUGGUCCCUCCUAUAUUAUCUGGAGUCACUAAUCAGGGAAACUAGAGUUGGUAUUCCUAGAGAAAACACAUUGUAUCACUAGCAUUUUCAUUUCAGACUUGCAAAUAUUUGGGUAUAUAUACUUAGAAAGCAGACUGGAAUCCGUAACAAAGCUUGACUAUGUCCUUACAAAGCUUAACAAGUGCUGUAAAUCGCUUCCUGUUGCAUAUGUCGGCUUGAAUAGUCAUGGACCAAGGAAAUGUUAGUACAUUGCGUUGUUUUUUUCUUUACCCACUUGCAGAUCGCCCUCCCCGCUUCCAGACUAGAUUUGACAAUGGCUUAAGUCGUGUAUAUAUGACCUUUGAAACUAUAAAAAAUCAUAGGCACCUCCGAAGCUGAUUACUCAUUUCAUGUUCUUACAUUUGCACUGUACUGAAAGCAUGCUUGCCUGACAGCUGAAGCGGUCAUUUGCAUGUAUUGGAUCCUCUGUUCUUUCAUUUGUACGUUAAAAACUAAGAGAAAUUCAACCUUAGAACCAUUUAAUCUUGAGACUAGGUCAAUGACUUGAAUUUACUAAUCACGUGGAUUAUUGUGUGAUUGUAAUGUUGCUGCUCUUAUAUCUGAUGAUGAGUUCUGGGGGUCUUCUCAUCCCUAAUCAGGUUAAAGAUACUGUGGAAGUUGAUUUCAAUGUUUCUCGACAUCUAGAAUCAGAGCUGGCCGCAAAGGAUUGGGACCUUCUGGUGAGCCCUUCUUAUUUUUUUCUUUAAUCUCUGAACACACUUGUUACUUUUUCGAGGUUAUGCUUCCUACAUUUCCCAUUUAGUGUAGUGGCAUUUUAAACAAUCCGACAUUACAACUGCAAAUUACCUCAAUGGGAGAUGAGUCUUUAUUGAAGCUAUAAUAGGCCAUUGUGUCAUAAAUCUUGCUGGAAAAUACACACGACCCUGACUAUGCACUCUGUCUGGUCAUCAAUUUAAACUAUAAUUGAAUAAGAAAAUACAUGCAAAGACACAAUUUUGAAGUGUUCAUAAUGAGAAAUUUAGUCUUUUGAAUUGUAAUUAAAAGGUUAAAAAUAUGUUUGUGAAGGUGGGAGUCCACAAUCAUUCAUAGGCUGAUCCCACUCUCCCUAAAGUAGUAGACCGACUACAGGCAUAUUGGAGCAGAUCCUAGAUGGGCCCCCAAAUGGUCCUGCACUCAACUAUAUUCGAACAAAGUGAAUUUUCCCAUCGUUUAGCGAGAAAGAAAAAAGUAGGACGGAAAGAAUACCAGGCAAUCCCUUGUUACAUGACAGCUGUGAGAAAUCAGGCGUUGUUGAGGUUUUCUUUUACCUCUUUAUUGACAUGGAAUCUGAACUGCAAUAGAUAAAGGUAGGAAAAACGGCUGCAUGACAAGCUGGUCAUGGGGCCAGGAGGGAAGAAGGUAAACUAAUUUUGUAGAGAAUAAAAGGGCUUCUUCUACACCAGCAAAGUGCCCACAGUUUCAGUCACUUGGUGGAAGUUUGGACCUAUUGUGAGGCAUGUUCCAGAAAAUAAUAUGUUGUGGCAAUAAAAUUAGAGUGUUUCAUUGGACAUCAAUUUCUUUCGAUGUUCUUAAAAGGUUGAAGAUCUCGAGUAGAAAUAGAAGUUCUUCAUUGUAUUUAUUUACUGAUGUGGUUAUAUUGAGAAGUUCUUCAUUUUAGUCAAGAUAAAAAUUAAUAAUCUGCAAAAUAUUCCUCUGUGAAUAACUUGAACGUUUAACAGCAUUCUGAGUUUUCUUCUUAAUUGUCAUAACUGAUGCUUUUGAGAUUCAUUAUUUCUAUACUCUUAAAUGUUCUGCUUGAUGUGACAACUAUUUCUGGUUCUUAACAAGGCUUUUCCUUUAGAUUCUUCAUUAUCUGGGCCUUGAUCAUGUUGGCCAUAUUGGCGGGCGUAACAGGUAACUGCAUUUAGAGAGUUACAAUAACUAUCAUUAUCAUUGCUUCACAAAAAUUAUUAUUUAUUCUGAAACAGCAUUCUCAUGGCCCCAAAACUGAAGGAGAUGGAUGAUGUUAUCAGGGCGGCUCACACACAUGCCAUCCUUCAACAAAAUGUUGACAAACGCACGCUUCUGGUUCAUACUUCGUACCUGUCUUAUUCCUUCAUUAUUUAUCUAUUUGAUUAAUAUCAGACUGCAUGAUUCGUGUCUAAUUUAUUUUUACCCAUUUGAGUAAGAACAUUUUGUCCUGAAAUAAACCAUCUAGAGAUAAUCUUCCUUAUUUGUAUACACAGUUUCACAUUUUCUUCAUCGCCGGACCUCUUAUGUGAUUCUUGUCUCUGAGAAUGUAAAUACAUUAUGACGGGAAUGAUCCGCCAAAUAAUUUUGACGGAAUGCGCUUAUAUCGUAUUGUUGUUAUUAGCAUAGUAAUUGGAUUAAUGUUCUUUGGACAACAUCCCUUGAGUGAAGAUCGACGGUUCUGAGCAGCAUCAUUCAACCAGAUUAUAAUUAUAUAAUUUACUAGAUCAAGAUAUGCUCGUACAUUUCAUUUUCAGAAUUGCUUGGACGGCAUCCCUUGAGUGAAGACCGACGGUUCUGUACAGCAUCGUUCAACCAGAUUAUAAUUAUAUUAUUUACUAGAUUAAGAUGUGCUCGUACAUUUCAUUUUCAGAAUUGCUGAUUUACUUCUCAUACUGUGAUUCUAGUUAUUGAGAUUUUACUCUACUUUAUUUUUAGAUAUUAUUCUCGAGUUCUUAUCAACAUUGUUUAGGAGUUUCAGUGGGCCAGGUAAGUGAGAAACUUAGCGGGGCUUGUAACGAAUUGGUCUGUAUCUGAAGUGAAGUUUGAUCUCGUUUGGUACAGAAGGUUGGAUUCCAUUUUCUUUGAUGAUUGUCACACCAUCAUCAAGGUGGCCAUUCCUCCCUCCCUCCCGCCAUCUUCAAGUCCUCUCCCCUUUGGUGGCACCUGAACCCUCCUGCCAUCUCUUCCCCUUUCUCCUGGUGAGUGCCCGCUCUUUUGCUUCCUCCCCUUUUCUAGCUUGCCCUUUUUCAGACCCCCGUCAGCGGGCAAUCCUAUUUUUCUGGUAUCCUCCCCACAUCCUCAAAUGAAGCACUCCGUCUCCCCCUACUGGCUGCCAGUAGGCAACCCUGCCUACCUUCUCUUGCACCCCUACCCUUCCCCUUCUCCAGUCUGUCCAACUCCCUACCACUUGAGUCACAUUCACACUACCCCAAGUCCAUGUUCACCAACCACAACCCUUCUCUUCCCACCAUCAUCCAGGGGGAACCAUCAUUCCUUUCUCCCAUCUUUUCAUUUCGUUUCCCUGGCCAUCUGCCUCCCCCCUUCAUUAUGUAUAACGCUCUCAAAACGUACAGUUUUUCCAUGGCAAAUGCUUGGGGUAGGUAAUUUCUGGGCUUCUUAGUUUAGUAAUGUAGGUUUCGCCAGAGAAGAUGAAAAGAUGACAAGGUUGAUUUGAAAGACAAGUAUUUACUAUCAAAAAAUGUGUUGAAUUUUCUUGUUGACAAGGUUGUUACUUCAAAUAUAUGGAUGUUUAAUCUAGGAUCUAUGUUUAUUUUUUCAGGUAGUUGUUAGUGAUCAUGGCAUGACUGAUAAUGGGAAUCAUGGAGGUUCUUCAUAUGAGGAAACUGACUCUGUUGCACUUUUUGUGGGUCUUCAGCCAAAGUCAACAGAUUUUAAGUUACAAGCUUAUAGGACAAUUAAUCAGGUAAAAAGUUAUGUUUCUUGGAUAAAAAAUGUUGUUAAUAGAGUGCCUAAGCGACGACAUGCCGUCUCUUCUGGGAUGUUUAAGUUGGAUAUGUCGGGCACUGUUUAUGGAUUGAUUCUCUACUAUCAUUUGCUUUGAAAAUGAUGGUCGUUUUCCCUUUCCCAAUUUGUCACAUUUCUGUGGCUUCUAUCAUUCUGUGUUCCUCUGCAAGACUACUGCACAUGUAUUACCUAUAUGCACUAUGGUAUGACUGAAAACACGUAAUCCAUCCCGAAACCUUUUUCAUUUCUGUAUUUUGGUCACUGCUUGAAUAAUUAGGGCAAAUAAGGGCUGAAGGUAUGGAAUCUCUCCCAACACAAGCACAUUUUAAAUAUUCCCCGUUCUCCAAUACAAGUUUUUCUGAGAUCAGACAAGACUGAAGUAUCAGAUCCGCAUGUAUUGACCCAUCACGUUCUGUCAUAUGCUUUCUUAAAAAUUGCCUCGAAAAUCUAGCCACUUCUCUAUUGAAACUUAAUAUAAUUAAUCCACGUAUGAGCUGCUAAGGUCUCCUUGAUAAGAGAUCUUUGAAUCCUGCUGGUCAGCAUAAUAACCACUUUUUGUAGCCUCAUAGCCUCAUAAUUGAGUUUCAUCUGAUAUUCCCUCCAGAGCUUGAAACCUCGAUAAACUGGCUAUCCAUCAGCACCUCCCCCUUCACCGUGGAGGAUCUAUGACACAGAUGGUCAUGGAGCACUCGUGGCUUCCUGUAGGAUGUCCAAUCGUUGGUCCUGACAAUGUCAACAUUUGUGUGGCAGGGAGCACCAUAGCUGUGGAUUGCAAUAUGUCCUUUCCUCAUUCCCUCCACCUCACCAUCUUCAGGCAGUUCCUCUCAGUACCAAAAUUAUAGGCUCUUUAUUUUUCUGCCUUCAAUUUGAUGAGUGCUUGUGGCAACCGGAAGAGGGAGUCUUUCUGCCCAGGGCCCCAGCAAACCAAGCUCUGAGGGGGGGGAGGGGGAAACAAUGUAAAGUUCCAUGUUGUGCAUCUUCACCUGGUUUUAGUAGCCCUUACAUUGAUACAUAAUUUCAGAUUUUUAAACUGAAAAGAAAAGAGUAUCCUCUCUAAGUUAUCAUUUGUUCUCCAUACGUAGAUUCACUGAAAAUUGAUUUAUUUAGAUACAAAUACCCUUGUUCUUCAUUCUUAUGUUUUCAUUUGAGGUCAUUGCAGCAUAUAACUUUUCACCCAAUCUGCGUGAAUGUCUCCCAUCAGUACCUAUUUUUCGUUGUUCAGGUAGAUAUUGCACCAACCCUGGCAAUUCUCUUUGGGUUGCCUAUUCCGAAGAAUAGUGUUGGCCUUCUAAUCAGAGAGGUUGUUGACCAAAUGACAGGUUUGUACAUACCUCUUAUUUACAUUGAAUGGGUUAAAAAUAAUAUUGCUCCAUUAGAAUGGCAUUUUUUCUUGUUCUUUUUACUUCUCCAAUUUCUUCAAUCCAAAAUGUAGCUUGUCAAUAGUAAUUAUUUAUGCAUGGAUCAAUAUAAACGAGCAGGAAUUAUUGCCAUCUGUACUGUGAUAUUCUUUCUUUAACUACGUUUCUUAUUCCCGUUUUCUUAUAUAAUUUUAAAACGCAAACAGGAAAGAGGUUCAUUGUCAUCAGUUGAGUUGGGAUAACCAUUAAAUUUCCUUAAACGUCAUGGUGCUGUAUAAGACUCUAGUAAUCAUUGUCAGAUUCUUUAUUUGUCUCUCAUCGCUUAACUUGAAGUUUUGACGGGCUGUUCUUUUGUCCUGAAUCUGCUCUUCCCUUUAUUUUUUAUCCUGUCACUUUGAUCGGAUAUUUAGUAGCUGUGUAUCCAUGUUCUGGGCAUUUUUUUAUUACCAAGCCAAUGUUUGUGUCCCAAUCAUCAUAAACGUUAUCACUACUAAGAGAACAUAUCUCAACUGACAGGGUUGGUCAACCCAGGGUAUCGGGUUCAAAGCCCAGUUGCUCACAGUAUGUCCCAACCUCGUUCGAGUACCAAGGAGAGUUUCUAAUCACGCUGGGAGCACUUUUCAAUCACGAGUUCCUGUUCUGCAAUUAAGUUUGCAUGGACUGAAUGUUGACAGGUUCCAAUAUCAGUUAGAAAAACUGUGUCAAGGUCAUCCGAUAUCUGCUCUAAUGGACAUUUUAUGGUUGCACUUGUAGAUAAAAUUUAUCCAAUGUCUCGAUUUGACCUACUAUGUGUCUUGAUCUACUCUUCCCAGGAAGCCAUGGCAAACCCCUAUUGGUUUGAAAGUUUAUCAGGAUUUUUUAAUCAUCCUAGAUUAAUAUAGGCUAGUAUUUAACAAUCCCAAAAAAAAAUCAACAGACUUUCGGAUGGGACUCGUGCAGGAAAUUAUAAAAGUCGCCACUGAAAAACAAAUUCAAAUGGGGGUUAACCUACAUCAGAAAGGUCUUCUAUCCUUUGCAAGGGUCAACCACGCCAUUCCUGAGCUUAUCCAACUAGUAUUUGUCAAUGAGACCUUGUCUGUGGAUUCUUCAAUGUAAGGAAUGAGUUUCAUCCAUUCUUCUUGUCUUUCAUAUGCUGUUUUAUCAUCUUUUCCAUCAUGUUUCUCCAAUACUUUUCUUCUGAACUCGAGGUUUCUCCCACCUAGGCCCGGUAUCUUCCUUCCCCUCUUCUACAUCUCUACAUUGAACCAUUUAAAUGAUAGGAUGCAUGCAGAGAGUUGGUGUUUGUGGUGCUCUAAUGCUUUCCCCCCUAACUGUAUUGAUGAUGUGUUCUAAAGCUCGUGUACGGAUUGAUGAGCUGCACACUUAAGCAUUUUUCCCAUGUCUUUGAGCUCAUAGACUUUGACUUGCUGCCCAAAAAACUGAUGAUCGGUGCAAAUUAUAGAAUAACCAUUAAUCUAGGGCAAGUUGUGUCUAUUUUGUGUGGUUCGUCCUCCCUGUUCUCAGUCAGUUUAUAACCGGUGGAACGAACCUAAAAGUCGGUUCUGGUUCACCUGUCUGGAUGGACGUUCUACAGCAUAUUUUGAGUGCUAGCUUUUCCAGUUGUAGUAAUUCUCUUGAACCGAUAAUUUUUCUCUGAUUAGCAUCAUCAUUUCAUCUCUGUGGUUAGGCGCCGUCACGAAAUGUCUUGGAACGUUUGAUAAUCCCCUUUGGGGUUAUCGACUUCCUUUAAAUUUUCGGCUGAGCCCAAUCCUAUGAUUUAGAUUCCUAUAUGAAAAAUAUGAUAAAAGUAUAGUAAAAAAACGGAAGGUGUAACAAUGAAAGUAUGAAAUCGACCAUAUACCUUCAUUAUGUUUGACUCCACUUUUUUUCAUUAGUUUAUGUUCGACCUGUGGACAAUAACUAUGCGCGGUGGCCAUUACCACUGUCCUAAACCUGGUUCCUCAAUUGGAACUCGGGGUUUUUAGUAAAUAAUACUUUCCCUGGUAUUGAUUGGCGCUAUUAACGGAGAUUUUCGUUAUUUUAUUUUACGUAUAUAAUUCACAUUUUGUUUAAUAUUCAUCAAAAUUCUCAGUAAAGUUUUAUUUUGUGGAAAACAGUAUCUUCGAUAUUACCGGUGAUUCCUGCUCGAAUUAAAGACAAUGUAACAUGCUUUCAAAUUGUAAAAAUGUCAUGGAUUUAUGUCUUAUAAUUGCAUAGUAUCUUAUUAUCUCAUCGUAACUUUUUGUGCAACAGAUGUGCAAAGGUUGCGAGCUUUGGAGAUAAAUUCAUUCCAGUUGCUUAGAUUAUUGCAAUCAUAUAUACCAGACGUACUUUGUGAAGACUUGUGUGUUGGAUUAAAUAAUGCACAUAAUUUAGGGAUCAGUCCAUCAACUGGGAGUGUGAAGGAAAACUUCUGUCAUCUAUUCUCAAAUGCGGUGAAUUUCCAUAAUUCGUGGAAACUUCUGAAUGAGUCAGAAAUUUUGUAAUUUUUCUUACUUCUAUUAUUCUGGCCAAUAUCUUUGUAUUAGUUAUCUGAUGUAUCUUUUUACAGUUCGAGGAAUGGUGAUCUCCCAAGUAUUACUGUCGACGCUUAUUAUGAGUUUUUAGGUGCUGCCAGUGAUUGGUUGUCAACAGCUGCCACUAGUGUAAUGCUGCUUUUCUUUUGCCACGUAUAUCAUGCUCAACUUUAUAUAUGAAGUUUAAGAAAGCAUGGCAAACAACUUCUUUCAAAUUUUGCAGAAUCCGGCGACAAUGCUGUUGGCUGGAAUUUCUAUAAUGGUUUUUUCAUGCGCCAUCAUCUUGGGUCUUUUGGUCAGGAUGCUCAAAGAACAUCGUCAGAAGCUAUAUCCUUCUCACGGGACAGUCUUUAACUGUAGUUGGAACAAAGAUGAGGCUUUUGUUUUCCUUGCAAUCCUCAUCCAUGUGUUUAGUCUGGGGUCAAGUUCAUUGGUGGAAGAAGAGCAGUACACAUGGCAUUUCUUAACGUCCACGUUGUAUUUGAUUUUUUUGUUUAUGAGAAUUCAGUCAUUUGUUGGAUUCUCCCCAAAGGCAACUAUGAUAGUGAGAGGAGAUAAUCAUAGUACUCAACUGCCGUUUUGUUUCAGUUUGUCAUCACUUUGCAAGAUUCUGAAGGGGACAUCGUUUGUCUGUAAGGAUCAUCAGAGUCUAUCUUUUUGUUCGAUACUUUCUGUACUCAUUUGUAUGAGAGUCUUGAGGGGUUGGCAUCAAGGUGGUGUGAACUGGAUUCAUCUUCCUGAUAUUUCGAAGUCUCUUGAGGAAGCUGGCACCAGUGUGAUAAAAACUUUCCGUAUUGCUUCGCUGGUUUUUCUUAUUAGUCUGGGAUUCCUGGCACUUCGUUCUGCAAAAUCAAGAAAAGUUUAUCUUGGAGUAUUGGUCAUUAGUCACUUUAUGUCUUUUUUUCUCAUCUCUCUUCAUAUCCUUGGAUACCAAAACCACUCACUACUAGAAUCAAGCUACGACCUCAGUUCAUUCCUUUUGCUUUAUGGAUCGCUGAUUUUAACUUUGAUGAUCUCCCUGUUAUCUCCCUGGUUUUCGCCAUCUUGCCGUCAGAAUAUAUCCUGGGAAACUAAAUUCCAGAUGAGUAGUCCGACUGAUGAAAGAGUUGUUAACUAUUUCCUUCACUCCAUUAGAGACCCCAUAUAUAUCAUUGGGGUGACAUACACAAGUUCCUGGUGCCUUCUUCAACUCUUUCUUCAGCAGCCAAUAAAUGCAGCGCCUGUGCUUAUGCUCUUUAUUCAGAUACUUGUCAGUACGAUUUAUUUCUCUCAUGAGGAAUCACAAUAUAAGCCAUGGGUUGAGGUCAGUGAACCGUUUUCCCCUGAUAAUUUAUUUUUUUUGUGGGAAAAAUAUAGGUCUUUUGACUCUGUCACCCACAAUCAUACUUUUGAUUCACUUGCAUGUUCAAGUAGUGAGUAUUUCUGUAUUUUAUUAAAAUUUUAUUGGAUGUCAAAAUAAGCAUUAUUACAUUAGCUGUUCCUUCUUCUUUUUUCGGCAUAUUCAGCUGUCUAAUGUCAAAAUAAGCCACUGCUAAAAAUUAUCUACCUUUCUCUUGUGUAUUUUAUCAUACCUGUCACUUGAGAACUGCCGAUAAUCAUCAGGACCUUUGGUCAACAAGUUGUUUUGCCUGGGGAGUUCAAAGGCAAGUUUGAUGAGGUUGAUACGUUCAUAUAGUCAAGCAUUAAGAAACUGUUUAAUUUGUGGUCAUUUUCACAUACGCUCAAAUGUAGAUGAUAAAAGGAUUUAGAGUAGAUCAGGGAGAGAUUCAGCGUACUGUACAAUAAAGCUAAAACUGGAAACUGCAACAUUUUUUGCUGUACGACUUUGACAAAACAAGUGCCUAUCCUAUGACGGGACACGAAGGAUCACUAACUUUGACUAUUAUUCAAAGAAGAACCAAAUUGAUAUUUCAGUAACAAAGAAUAAUUGGAACCCCAAGAUUGUAGCAGCUGCAGGCAUAUCUUGAGGGCUCCUAUUUGAAUUCAAUAGAAUGGAAUGGUUAUGGCAUUGAAGUUAAGUCAAUACAGAGUAAAAUACUUCUACGUUUUGUAUUUAAAUUCAUUAGGAAUCUGAUCUUAGGAGGAUCAAAAGGGAUUUGGAAAAAAAAAAAAAAGUUAAGGAAUGCAAGUUAUUCAAGAAGAAAGAAAAGAUUCUUUGUAAACAUGGGUAAAUAAUGUAAUUUCAGAGACUCUGGAAGCACAAAGAAUGUUAGGAGGAAGUUGGUAACCCAGUUAGUGAUACUACAAAUUUGUAAGUUAAGCAUAAAAUAGGAAGAUCGAGAAACCACUAUAUUGCUGAGAUGAGAAACAAAAGAAUGACUUUUGUUGAGAAGGUUGAGAAAGUUUUUCUGUCAAAAUUUAAGCCCAAAAAAUUAUACUUGCGUGAGAAGAGGAAAACGUUGCCAGUAAUCGUACAUAAGAAUUAUGGAAAUCCAAAGUACUUUGUAUUACAGUUGUGUAGAGUUCUUAAAUCAUUCUAUACAUUAUCUCCAUCAAACUAUUCUACCUGUAGUAGUGCCAUCAAUAAAUAGACCGUUGUCCUUGUACACCUUUAGCCUUCGCCACCAUUAAAAGGCCUCUCAAUUAUCCCACCAUCUCUAGCGAUUGAAAGGUAGGCCAAGCAUAACGUGCAAGGUUUGUUCAUCCCACAACCAUCAUUGCCAUGGCUUGAGCUUUGUCGGGCAACAUCUUUGAUUCAAUUGCAGCUGAGAUUUUGAGUCUUUAGUCUCUAUGGUAUACAGAAUGGCCAACUGAAGUCUCACCGCCUAUGAUUCAGGCCAGCUUACUACCUGACUCACAUGCCUUAUGCUACAUACGUGAGUCAUAAUUAUGUGGCUCGUACUAAUUUUGUCAACAACGUAAGAGAAAAGUCGAAAGUAUUACUUGUAUAAAUCUUAAAUGUACACUUAGAAAAGCGAGAUCAGAAAGAUAUCCUUAGACACUCAACAGAAACGUUUUGACAAAAUCAAAUCCUUAGACAAGAUAACCAUUUUUUCCUUAUGUUAAGGCUGUUACAUUACUUUCUAGUAACCUUUACCUUUAGGAGCUGUUACUUUUUUUAGUUGCAGGAUUUUGGUAUGUACAACUGGAAAACCAUUUUUGCACUUGCAACUAUCGUUCUUUAUCUUUUUUUAACUUUUACCCUCUCUGGCGUGGCAUCUUACACUUAAGGUUUAGUUUAAUCUGAACAAUCGGUUACGUAUAUGGCAAAAACCUGAACUCUUCAAUAGGAUCCAGUCACAAGAUAAAUGGACCAAUGUUUAUGUUGAAGAGGAUAGAUAGACCUCCUUGAGCAUUUAGUGUUCCGACCUAAUUUUGACUUCUUUUUCUGGUCCCAACUUAGUGUUCGAAUCGUUACUAUAAUGGCAUAAAAAUAAAUCAUAUGGAAAAAAUUCAUGGCAUCUGUUCUCUAGAUCGGUUGAUUUCGCUGGCCAAAAUGCCCACGUUGAAAAGUUGAAGUCAUGUUCGUAUCUGCCAGUACCUGGAAACAGAUAAGAAAUUAGUCCGGAAUGCCUUUGUUCGCCUGGAUGAUUUCACCCCAUCCAGGCUAACCCUUACACCAAGAAGAAAUUUAACAUUCAGCUGUAGCCCUCAAUUCAAAAUUUUCAGCUGUGGUAGUACUAUGUCGAGCUCUAAUGCGACAUUUUAAAGUCUCAACGGCCACUUUUCUACCCUUUGACUCUGUACAGAGCCUUCUGUUAGAAAAUAGAGCUUGAAUAUCAGUAAAUCACUUCCUCCACAAUGUUUUAUAUAUUGAGUACUACUCUACUAACGUUAUUCUGCUGUGUCAGAAUAGAGUGUAAUGCUGUAGUUGAGGAACCAUUUCUUUCUGUCAUACACUAUUACGUCAGUAGAAUACUUUGAUCAAGUUUUAAUUUCCACCAGUAUUUAAUGUACCUUUACUUUGCCAAAUUUGAUGAACUUGAUGUACAGGUUUCUGCUCUCUACUUCAUUGGAAUGACCGGUCAUUUUGGACUUGGAAACAGCAAUACACUAGCCACUAUUGAUGUAGCUGGGGCGUUUAAUGUAAUUUUCUUUACUACUCGCUGUUUGUUGAUGGCUAUUUAGUUUCUUCUUUCUUUUUCUCAAAAUGACAGCAUUUAGUCUGUCUCGAUCAGAUUUUCUGAAGUUAUUUUCUCUCAUUUUAUUGACUGUCAUAGGGUAACCGCCCUCUCUUCUCAUCAUCUUGUGAAUGCCUCUCAGGGAAUCUUUGGCCAGUCGACAGUACUUGCCGGAAUCAUGAUGCUGAUCAUCACUUAUGCAUCGCCGUUGUUAUAUUUGCUCAGUCUGGUUCUAUAUAUCUCUCUGAAGACUAGGAAAUAUCUAUUGGGACCAAAAUCAGUCCCUUUGACCUGUCUUCUCCGGGAGAUGCUUGUCUUUCCGUGUUUGGUUCCACUGGCUCUGAAUUCCAUCUCAUUGACCAGCUUCACCAUUAUACUGUUUGCAAUGAGGAACCACUUAUUCAUUUGGAGUGUGUUCUCACCAAAGUGAGUAGCGCUGAAUAUGAUCUCCCUACUAACCCUCUCUGCAAUUUUCUCUAGUCCGAAGCUUCUUUAUUAUAUUCAUGGAGUUUUCUAGAAACAUCGGCAUCAUUUGAAUACCUCUAUUAAAAAUGCUGAUUAUCUAUAUGGUUCUGUACUGAAAUCAUGCUCAUGUCUGGUAUUUAUUCGAAUUGCAUCAUCUCUGCGAGUUUUAUUCAAUUUUUUAACACUAAUCUGCAAUGUUUUACUUCCGAAAGGUACCUCUAUGUUUGUGCUGCAACUGUGUGUGUCUACGUUGGGCUGCUGGUUGUCGCUGCCACCAUAUCUUACAUCUGUGCGGUGGUGUUCUACAAGAGAAGAAUCAUUGGACCUCAAGCAAUAGCAGAUGAUACCUGA